AUGCCAGCUCCUGUAGAGCAUUGGAUUCAGGAAUCUGGGCUGAUGCAUCUAUCUUCAGGCUACCUCACAAUGGCGGAUGCUGGUCUGAUAUCGACAUUUGUUGAAAGAUGGCACCGAGAGACCAGCUCAUUUCAUCUGCCAUUUGGAGAGAUGACGAUCACCUUAGAUGAUGUUGCGACUCUCCUUCACAUCUCACCGCAUGGUAAAUUUUUUGAUGCACCUUUGAAUAUGAAUACUAAUAAUGCUGUAAGAGCUGCACAUGAGUACUUAGGUGCAACAUGGGAGGAAGCAUGUGCUGAGAUUAGUUAUAAUAAAUGUGCCCAAUAUAGAUUGCAAUGGUUGCGUGAUUUGUAUAGCCGUCUCAUUCAAACUAACCAGUUUGAGUGUGCGGCUAGAACGUAUCUGUUGCAUUUAGUUGGCUGCACUAUUUUCGCCGAUAAAACACAUACGCGUGUUGAGGCGAAAUACAUUUCUUUUUUUAUUGAUUUACAUCGUUGUCGAGACUACUCGUGGGCUUCCGCGGCAUUAGUUUUCCUUUAUGACAACUUGGGAGAUGGAGCUAUCCACGACACUCGACAGCUGGGAGGUUACAUGAGCCUACUGCAGUGUUGGAUUUACGAGCACUUCCCUAGGAUCUGUAAGCGGGGUGAUAGAGGAGCGGUUCCUGCGCAUCAUGUUGCAGAUGCUGCAUUUCUGUAUACGGACCUCUCAACGAUGAUCGAUAAGUACUCCUUGCUUUAUAUAUUUGACUUGGAAUUGUCAGAUUAG